AUGUCGGCUCACCAAGAACCUCUCCCUGGUGCUAGAGAUGAGCCAUCUUCUAGGCCUUCGUCUGCAUCAUCCACAGAUGGAGUACAUCACAGCACGAACAUAUCAAGCCAGCAGCCGAACAACUUGCAGAACGAUGACUCAAUAAGUGGCUAUACUAUCAUUUCUACAGAGGACGAGUUUCGAGAAGACAUCCACCAGGCAUCGCCAGCCAGUCCUGGCAUCGAUAAGGACGAUCUCAACCAGACUGAGAAGAACAGCUUACUUUACCAGCCUCGCGACCGAGUUGCGGCCUUGAAGCAAUGGAAACUAGAGUUCGUAGCACUUUUGACCUCUGUUGUCGCCUUUAUCGUCAUGGUUAUUCUCUUAGUGUGUGUUCAGCAAUGGAAAACCGCAGCCUGCUUGGGCAUACAGUGUGAGCAUCAAUACUCUUGUUGCCAUAUUGACCACGCUCCUUAG